AUGCUCGCUGCACUUCGUGGGGCAGCGCAUACAACGCGAAAGUCUUUCAGAGCAUUCUCCUCGACGACAAGUUUGGCCAAUGCCACCAAAAAAGAUGCAGAGUCUUUCAGACUACUGCGCAACAUGGUUAACGCAGCCGCCCAAAAUAGUCAAUCUGCUACUUUCAUCCAGAACCCCAACUCCCAAUACAGAUCUUUCGAAUACAAUACGUUCAUCACACCCGACAGGCUCAAGUACAACAACGUUCUUAAAACCGAACGACGACAUCUCACAAGACCAAAAGUUGGCCCUUCGAAACGCGAGGCUCGAAAAGCGGAUCCCUUUUACCAAUUAAAUAUAGACCCCCUCGACAUGGCCCUCAACCCCUUCGUUCUGAACAAUUAUGUUUCCGAUAUGGGAAAAAUUUACGGCCGCAAUGUCACUAACCUCACCAUGAAAAAUCAGAGAAGGCUCGGGAAGGCCAUUAGGAGAGCAAAAAUGAUGGGUGUCAUUCCGGUUCUUAGUAAACGAAACAUUUUGCAAAAUGGGGUUUCCAAUUACCGUGGCUAG